CAUUCUUCAAUACCCGCAACAGAUAUGUCUGCCCGCCGUCCCCAUGCGCAAUCCUACGCCGAUGCUGCGGCCAAGCCUCCGCCGGAGAAGAGCGACUCGGACGUGACCCCCGCUGUUCCUGCCGACGUCAUCUAUAAGCUCCUCAGCUUCACGGCGGCCAUGGUCAUCGGCCCCCUCGGCGUGUAUUUUCUGACCGUGAACUCGAUUUUCAGCGGAAACACCACAUUUGCCGGUAUCGCGGCUGCCUUCACUGCUAACGUGGUAUUGUUCGCCUAUGUCUUUGUCGCCUGGAAGGAUGACCAAGGGGAAAGACAAGCAACCGAGAAAGAGAAGUCGAAGAAAGCCCAGUAG